CCGCUUGCGAACGGGUGUUAUCCAACCCCGCUGUCGUCAUUCCCGGCGCCAGAUGAUCAGUUCUGCUGCUUCAUCGCUUGUGUUUUGAGUGAUGAUAUUGUCAUACAGGGCAAGAGAUGGCUUACAGGAUCAGAUAUGCUGUCCGAGAUAUCCAGAGGCCCUACAACCACACUUCUGAGGCAUGCAUGCAUGUCUUUGUUGACGAGUGCCGAACGUGACCGACGAUGACGUUCCUUGUACUGGACCCAAGAUUACUACCACCACGCCAAGCUCUCGAUAUCGCACGGUUCUUGGCCGUCCCCAUGGUGUGUGCGCAUGCGUUCCAACUUGCUUGUUUAAAGGCACUCGUGUCCCCGGAUCUAGAUCUUUUGCUUGCACCCAUCUUCCUCUUAGCACCGCUAUUCAUUCACUAUGGGCAAGAAGGAACCAUCUCUCGAGGGCCACAGGUCCGGUCAGGCCAAUGAGCCUCUCUCCAAGCCCGCGCAUGCCCUACCAUGGAAGGACGUCGUCAACGAGAUCAAGUGUAACGCCGAAGACGGUCUGACUACUGCGGAAGCAAAGUCAAGACAUGAGAAGUACGGCAACAAUGACCUGGGUGACGACGGAGGAGUUUCACCAGGCAAGAUUCUACUAAGGCAGGUCGCCAACGCAAUGACAUUGAUCUUGAUCGCUGCAAUGGCUGUGUCUUUUGCUAUUCAGUCGUGGAUUGAGGGUGGUGUAGUAACCGCCAUCAUUCUGCUCAACGUCGUUAUUGGUUUCGUCCAAGAGUUCAAUGCUGAAAAGACAAUGGAUUCUCUUCGAUCGCUCUCCUCUCCGACCGCUACCGCUGCACGAGACGGAAAGACUGUUACCAUCCCAACAAUUGAGGUUGUUCCGGGUGACUUGAUUGAGCUGAAGACAGGUGACACUGUCCCAGCUGACAUUCGUAUUAUCGAAGCACUGAACUUUGAAACCGACGAGGCUCUUCUUACCGGUGAAUCUCUCCCUGUCAACAAAGAUGGUGAUGCCGUCUUCGACGAAGAAACCGGCCCUGGUGACCGUCUCAACGUCGCCUACAGCUCCUCCACCGUCACGAAGGGACGCGCUCGUGGCGUCGUCUUUGCUACUGGAAUGUACACUGAAAUCGGUUCUAUUGCUAUGUCUCUUCGACAGAAGGGCUCCCGUGUCCGCGAAGUCAAGCGCAAGCCUGACGGCAAGGCCAAACCGCAUCGUUACGCUCAGGCAUGGUCUUUGACCGCUGCUGAUGCCGUCGGCCACUUCCUUGGUGUCAACGUCGGUACUCCACUCCAAAAGAAGCUCGCACGUCUCGCUAUCCUCCUUUUCGGCGUCGCUGUUGUCUGCGCAAUCAUCGUUCUGGCUGCCAACAGCUUCUCCAACAACAGCGAGGUCAUCAUCUACGCUGUUGCCACUGGCCUCAGUAUGAUUCCGGCCUCGCUCACUGUCGUCUUGACCAUCACAAUGGCCGCCGGUACAAAGCGCAUGGUUCAGCGCCACGUUAUUGUUCGCAACCUGAAGUCGCUCGAGGCCCUGGGUGGUGUCACCGACAUUUGUUCUGACAAGACUGGUACUCUUACACAAGGAAAAAUGGUUGCCAAGAAGGCAUGGAUUCCCGCAAAGGGCACCUACUCCGUUGGCCAGUCCGACGAGCCUCAUAAUCCCACUGUUGGCGCUCUGACCUUCAACCCCAAGCAGCCCCGACACAUCGAUCCCGACGUAGACGAGAAGACAGAAACCUUUGAAGAGCUUUUGCAAGACAACGAGCACCUGGUUGACUACCUCAAGGUUGCUUCGCUCGCCAACUUGGCCCACGUCCAUCAGACUGAUGAAGGUCAAUGGAACGCACGUGGUGAUCCAACUGAAAUUGCUAUUCAAGUCUUUGCCUCUCGCUUCAAGUGGAACCGUCUCGAACACACCGGCGGAGAUUCGCCUGCCUGGAAGCAACUCGCUGAAUUUCCAUUCGACUCUGAUGUCAAGAAGAUGUCCGUCAUCUUCGAAGAGACCGCUAGCUCUAAGAAGUUUGUUUUCACCAAGGGCGCUGUCGAGCGUGUCAUCUACUCCUGCACCCGCGUUUACAACGAUGAAAGCGAAGCCGGCGUUGAUCUUGACGACGACUAUCGCGAGGAGAUUUUGGCAAACAUGGAAUCUUUGGCUGCCAUGGGUCUUCGUGUUUUGGCACUUGCAAGCAAGGAGUACGACGGUCCAUCACCAAGCAAGGGCGAGGAUCUCGAUCGUGAGAGUAUCGAAAACGGAUUGACCUUCCGCGGUCUUGUUGGACUGUACGACCCGCCCCGACCCGAGACUGCCGGCUCUGUUCGUCAGUGCCAGAAGGCCGGUAUUGAGGUUCAUAUGCUUACUGGUGACCAUCCCGGGACUGCGCGCGCAAUCGCUAUUGAAGUUGGCAUUGUGCCUUCAAACAUGAGCACUCUCCCUAAGGAAACCACUGAUGCCAUGGUCAUGACCGCCUCUCAGUUCGAUAAACUCACCGACGAUGAAAUCGACGCCCUUCCACUACUUCCUCUUGUUAUCGCUCGAUGCGCCCCGAACACCAAGGUUCGUAUGAUCGACGCCCUACACCGACGUAAGGCUUUCACUGGUAUGACUGGUGAUGGUGUGAACGAUUCUCCAUCCCUCAAGCGUUCAGAUGUCGGUAUUGGUAUGGGUACUGGAUCCGAUGUAGCCAAGGAUGCUUCCGACAUUGUUUUGACCGACGACAACUUCGCCUCGAUCCUUAACGCUAUCGAGGAGGGCCGCCGCAUGUUCGACAACAUUCAAAAGUUCAUUCUUCAUUUGCUCGCCCAGAACAUUGCGCAAGCCUGCGUUCUGCUCAUUGGUCUCGCAUUCAAGGAUCAGAGUGGGCUCUCAGUCUUCCCAGUGUCUCCCGUCGAAGUCAUGUGGAUUAUCAUGAUCACGUCAUCUCUUCCCGACAUGGGUCUCGGUUUUGAGAUCGCAGCUCCCGACAUCCUCACUCGACCCCCUCAAAAUCUCAAGCGUGGUGUCUUUACUCUGGAAGUCAUCAUGGACAUGUUCGUGUACGGUCUCUGGAUUGCUGCCCUCUGUCUCGGUGCUUUCUCCCUAGUCAUGUUUGGCUGGGGCGACGGCAACCUUGGAAACGGCUGCAACGAAGGUUACAACGACACUUGCGACACUGUCUUCCGCGCUCGUGCGACGACUUUCGCCUGCCUCACUUGGUUCUCCGUCUUCCUUGCAUGGCAAAUGUUGGACAUGCGCCGAUCGUUCUUUGCGAUGCAGCCAGGCUCGAAGAAGUACUUUACGCAGUGGGCUAUCGACGUCUGGCGCAACAAGUUCCUUUUCUUCUCCAUCGUCUUUGCCUUCGUUACCAUCUUCCCUGUCUUAUACAUCCCUGUGAUCAACGACACGGUCUUCAGGCACAAGGGCAUUAGCUGGGAAUGGGGAAUUGUCUUCGUUGCUACAUUCCUUUUCUUCCUCGGUAUUGAGUCCUGGAAGUGGGGCAAGCGCGUCUUCUUCAGGAGACGCGACGCUAAGAGGGGCGUCGCCAGACGAGGCUCUGUGGACCUUGAGCAGCGCGUCUUCGAGCGAUACCUCAGUACCGCUAUCAGCACCGAUGGUGAGGAUGGCGAGAAGAAGUCGUCUGCAUGAGAGAAGAAGUUACGUAAUGAGGCUUUGUCCUGCAAAAGGCGUUCUUGGUUUGUUUGCAUAGCCUGCGAUUGCGAUACCUCAUGCCAUUAUGGCUGCGAUCAAGGCUUUUCAUAGUCAGAGUACGUGUACAUAGUUAUUAAGAUACCAUCAU